AUGGCUACCGGUGGAUGUAGCAGUCGAUGCGGGUGACAUGUAGAAUUGUUCAUAAAAUCUUUUCAAUCAUUUGAUUAAUAAUGAGCGGGCGUGAGAAAAAUGACAUUUCCAUUCAUUCUGAUAAAAUUGAAGACGCUGUGGACCCCAGAGUACAGAUCGAAUUAGAGCGUCUCAAUACUGCAACAGACGAUAUAAAUAAACUAGAAGUUGAUUUGCAUGAAGCAACAACGGCAUUUCGAGAACUACUCUGGGAAUCUACGGAGAAGGUAGAUGAACUGGGUAAGAAGCUAUGCCCUUGGCUCGAGAAGUCAAGGCCUUAUUAUGACUCUAAGUUUGAAGCAGAAGAGGCGCUACAGGAAAUGCAGAAAGCAGCGAUAAGAUUUGAAAGAGCCAAUAGCCAACAUGCCGCUGCAAAAGAAACGCUUCAUCUCGCGGAAGAAGGGUUGAGAACUGAAGGAAGGUGCUUCGAUCAUGCCUGGCAGGAAAUGCUGAAUCACGCUACAUCAAGAGUAAACGAAUCCGAGCACGAACGAGCCCUUUCAGAGGUUGAGCACAAACGGACCACGGCUGUUCACCACAGGGCAGAAUAUAAUGUUCAAAGACUCCACAGAGAAUUGAAAGGCGCCAUAGCUAAAUCGAGUAUGGGUGCACGUCGCAGCUUACUCCUGAUAAACAGUAUCGCCUACAGGCACAACUUACUCAUGUUGCCCUAUUACGAAUUGGUGGAUCAUCUCGAACAGAUGCUGGACGAACGAAAGCUCAGAGUUAAGAUAUUGGAAAGAUCAGUUGCCGAUGCAAAGAUGACCUACGCCGAAGCUCUUCGCAAUUUGGAGCGUAUUAGUGACGAAAUUCAUCGGACGCGGAGAUACGAUGGAGCAGACUUCCCCUCUCAGCAAACCGGAGAUUCUGCACUGUAUUCGUCUAAUCAAACUAAAACUGCCACACCUACCGAUUCGAGCAUUACUGGAUCACCGGCUGGUACGGACUACACGAGCGACGAAUAUCUACGGCUCCCUGCAAAAAUGGGACCAAAUCCUCCUUGUCCAUUACCAAGUAAAGUCGAUAACGAUCCGUCUUCGGAGUAUCUAGGCCUAAGCAAUUUAAAUCUGUGUUCAACGGAGCCGCGGAAAUACAUAAAGAGAGACCGACCUCGCAGUAUUCCGACGACAGAAGUGAAGCAUAUCAACACUAUAGAGAACCAAUCGAGUACAUCAUCCCCGCAUUUGUCAAAUACAACGUCAUUGUCGCGAGUAAAAAAGACAAAAAUAAUAUCGCCCCCAGAAUCUGAGAAGAAGAAUAAUGCCGUACAUAAUGGCGACGAGUGGACAGAAAUUAGCUUGGGUAAUUCUUUGGAAGAAACUUGUUACAACGAUGAAAAUUAUUCCGACGAGGAUGAUCCGAUUCCUUACAAACCAUUGCCAAUGGAUUUUAGCCCAGAUGCGAAUAAUUCAAUGACUAUAAACGACGAUAGUACGCAAACAAAAGAGGCACCAGUUUAUAAAAAAUUGGUAACACAACAGUCCUUACCUGCUAUGUCCAAGACUUAUGAUAUUACACCGAAUGAUAACAAGGUGGAAGUCAUUAGGAGUCGGUCUAUUAGAAAUAGAGCAAAACUCGACAGCCGCGUAGCAAAUUGGAUUUCUAGGAGUGCAGCUGCCUGUGACGCAAGCUGCAGCAGUUCCAAUAGUUCUAGCCGCCGUCAAUCUUUGGAUAUUUUAUGGAGCGGUGGCACAGGCGAACGUGUAAAAGAACUAUUGAACCACGGAAUGAUGAUGCUAAACAUAUCUAGCCUUACGGAACGACGAUCAAGCGAACCAAGAACCACUGAGAAAGAUAAAGAAAAGGCAGAUAAAGCAGAGAGAGCGGAGGCUAAAGGAAAAAAGGUUCCAAGUCCACUUGAGAAAAGUAUGAGCUAUUUGAAUCCAGAGGAAGAGACCUCGGAUAGCGAAAGUCUGGCCAGGUUUGUCCUGUGGGAGAUGUUAACUGAAGAUCAAAUAUCUUCGUUAAUGAUGGAACAAAACAUAAACGAAGUUUGUGAAGAGAUUCUUGGCACUCCGUUAGUCGAAGUGUGUCCGUUGCUGCAACAACUUCAGCAACAACAAUAAUGCUGGGUAAAAAUUAGUCACUAAUCUAAUCGUGAAACUGAGAAAUAAUAAUAAUGGUAUGACAGAAAGAUCGAGAUUAUUUGUAAUCACGAAUAUGAUAAUAAUACGGCGAAAUCAUCAUGGUGGGGUAGUGUAUGAAUAAUUGAAUAUACUAUAUUCUUUUAUGGUCCUCAAAUUCAUCGUCAUUCCAUUUUAAAUGGGACUCUAGUUUCGAAAAAACGGUACCCGUACUUUUGGUCAUUUUAGUAAAAAAUCGAGAGGAAUAGGUCUCCGGUAGGUAUAGCUUGAAAAAAGAAUAACUUUUCGAAUAUUGUCUUGAUCGCAAAAGUGAUCAAGAAGGGUGGGAGAGCUCGACAAAAUUACGAUAAUACAAAUUUGUUAUAAAAAUGAUUUGUUUACGAACAACGGAACGACAGAAAUACAAGUAUCACUACAAGAAUAAAUAAGUAUAUGCGCGCUAGUUUCGGUUGUGAUCUAGUCGUCGAUGAAAAGCAAUAUAAUUGUAUAGUCAAUUAUAGAUAAUGAAAUGCAUUUAUUAAAAGUUAGAGUAUACCAUAUGUGGAGAAAGAAAGAAAGAAAUAAAUAAAAUUCAUCAGAGUAAACAAAACGUGAAGCGGCCGAUUAGUGCCAGUUUUUGAAAGAUAGAAUGCAAAUGAUACGAAUAGAGAUAACUAAUUGUAAGACGAGCCAUUGGUAACCAUCAUAAUGAUAAUAAUAAAGGAUAAUUUACCGAUGAACCGUAAUAUUAUAGGUAUCAAAUUUAUAUGCAGGCGGGUGGAUUAACGAUCAGCUUAAUUUACUUUGCAAGUGUUUUUUCACAUUUCCUGUUCUCUUUUUGUUCCUGUUGUCUCAUGAAAUUAUUCGUGCAGUCAUUCCUCAAAAGAUAAAAAUAACAGAUAAUUACAGAGAAAAGAAACCAAGUAUCUAGGUUCUACGUUGAAAUCAUCGUAAUAAAUAAUUGAUGACAGUAGCGAAUGUUAUCCAAAUAAUGGAGACGUCGUACACGCAUACAAAACGAGAACGAAAACAUGAAAUAGUGAACGAAUAAAUAUACAAAAUAAAAAAAAA